UGGCUCUCGGCUGGGUCGUAAUGUGGCGAAGGGCGACUGAAAAAUAGGAAAGUUCCAUCCCGAGUCGAUGAGUUUUAAAGUUUAGCCCGGGAGAUCCCGCUAUCCUUUUACCGCCAGUCUCCUCGACAAAAGAGUUCAGGAAGUUUCUACAAUGUUCAAAGCUGUUUUGAAAAAAAGUCGUGAAGGUGGAAAAGGGAGCAAGAAAGAUUUUGAGAAAAUAGAUGCAUGUAAAAUGGAACUCCGAAAAGACAAGCUUCACCUUGGUGUCGACUGUGGACAGCAGAGGCAGAAGAAGGGAGACCCUGGUCUUUCUGGGCAAGUUGGUCUUUCAGAUUGCAGUUCUGCCCCAUUUUCAGUACAAGAGGAUAUAUACAAGAUGAAUGUUUCUAAAGGAGUAUCUAUGUCGCUUCCAUCUUCGCCUCUCUUGCCUCGUCAGCCAUUUACAAUGCAUGCAUGGACAGGCAAAAGGUCCCCAGGCCCAAUCAGGAAGCUGAAGUAUGUAGAAAGCCCUAAGGUACCAGGAGAUACAAUUGCUUCUGCAUUGACCAAGUUGGCAGAGAAAAAAGACCAUUCCCAAUUUGUACAUAAUGAGACACAGAAAAGCAAUGAACGAAGCUCUUCCCCUGCUGCUCAAGAACUGAUGACAAGAUUGGGGUUUCUACUGGGUGAAGGGAUUCCAAGUACUGCUCGUCUGCCUGUAGAAGAGAAAAGCGAAAAAAUGAGAAUCAGUCCAUGUUCGACACUAACAAGCAGUACUGCAUCUCCAGGCACUGACAGCCCAAGCUCAACUCUGAAUAGCUCUAUCAGCAAACCACCUCAAAAAAAACCCAGUCCUUGUGGGACUAUUACCAGCUUAAGCUCCACACUGGAAAGCAAGGAUAGUGGCAUUAUAGCUACAGUAACCAGUUCAUCUGAAAAUGAAGAAAAAGGUGGUUCUAGUCUAGAAUGGAACAAAGAUGGAAGCAUGAAGGACUGUCUACAACUUGGUGUCACGAAGAACUUAAGAAUUGAGGGGAGCUUGGUUGAAGCAGAAGAAGAUGCACACAGUUCUGCCUUAAGUCUGUCAAAAAUAGAAGUCAUUUUAGAUGGUUCUGGUGCUCAUUUGAACCAGUCUGCAUCAUCAUACCUGCUCCCACGACCUAAUUCAGUUGCUGCAACUAGCUCAGCAAAGUUGGAGGAUUUGAAUUAUUUGGAUGAAAGGAACACACCACUGCGUACUUCUAUUAGAAUGCCCUGGCAUAAUACAGCUGGAGGAAGAGUACAGCAAAAUAUAAAAGCACGAUUUACUCCCUACAAACCAGUUGAUAUUAUCUUAAAGCCAUUAUUGUUUGAGGUGCCAAGCAUCACAACAGAUUCGAUAUUUAUUGGUCGUGAUUGGCUGUUCCAGAAGAUAGAUGAGAACCUUAAAAAUGAGGCAUCUCCAAUGAACAAAGGAACAAUAAUUGUUGGAAAUGUUGGAUUUGGGAAAACAGCCAUUAUUUCCAGACUGGUGGCACUGAGCUGUCAUGGAGGUCGAAUGAGACAAAUUGCAUCAAAUAGCUCCAGUGUCUUCUCAAAAGAUGUGGACCCAAAACAGGACCUUUUGAUGAACCAACCACUCCAAAUCUCUUCUCCCUUUCAUUGUACUGUCACAUUGGGCAAUGAGAAUUAUUCUGGAACAUCUGAAUUAAAAACACAAAGGGAAGAAGCUUUGAAGAGACUUGCAGCACAGGUUGUUGCAUAUCACUACUGCCAGGCUGACAAUACUUACACCUGCCUUGUACCAGAAUUUGUCCACAGUAUAGCAGCUUUGCUUUGUCGUGCACCUCAACUAACAGCCUUCCGAGAUUUGCUGCUGAAGGAAUCGCACCUUCAGAGCGUGCUCAGUCUGCGUUCUUGUGUCCAAGAUCCAAUUGCUGCAUUUCAGAGGGGGAUUUUGGAGCCACUUGCAAACCUGAUUAAGGAAAAGAAGAUCCCUGGAGAGGACUAUCUUAUUUUAAUAGAUGGCUUAAAUGAGGCCGAGUUCCACAAACCUGACUAUGGUGACACAAUUGCUUCUUUUAUCAUUAAAAUAAUUUCCAAGUUUCCAUCUUGGCUGAAGCUGGUUGUAACUGUAAGAACCAAUCUACAGGAUAUUGCACGUCUACUUCCAUUCUACAAAAUUUCUCUGGAUGAUUUUCCAGAGAAUGAAGAUAUUAACAGAGACCUGAAUGCAUUCGUCCAUCACAGAAUUAAUAGUAGUCACAGCAUACUCAGUAACAUCUCUUUGAGUGGAAAGACUGACACCAUUACAGUGAGCAAAGUCACCAAUCAUCUUAUCAUGCGAAGCCAAGGAUCUUAUCUGUAUUUGAAGCUGACCCUAGAUUUGUUUGAAAAAGGUCACCUGGUGAUUAAGAGUACAAGCUACAAGGUAGUGCCUGUCUCCUUGUCAGAAUUGUACCUUCUGCAAUGCAACAUGAAGUUUCUAACACAAACUUCCUUUGAAAGGGCCCUUCCUGUGUUAAAUGUUGCUUUGGCAUCCCUUCAUCCAUUGACAGAUGAGCAGAUUUUCCAAACAAUAAAUGCUGGCUAUGUGAAGGGUGAAUUGGAAUGGGAGGAUUUUCAGCAGAGGAUGGAAGGACUUUCAUGUUUCCUGAUCAAACGAAGGGACAAAACACGAAUGUUUUGCCAUCCAUCAUUUAGAGAGUGGCUGGUUUGGAGAGCAGAUGGUGAGAACAUGGACUUUCUUUGUGACCCAAGAAGCGGGCACGCACUUAUGGCAUUCAUGUUCUCUCGCCAAGAAGGAAAGCUAAAUCGACAACAGACUGUAGAAUUUGGCCAUCACAUACUGAAAGCACAUAUUUUUAAGGGUCUAAGUAAGAAGACAGGCAUAUCUUCUAGUGUUCUUCAAGCCCUUUGGAUGGGUUAUAGCAGUGAUGGGUUGUCUGCUGCAUUCACAUCCUUGCGAAAUCUUUACACUCCCAAUGUGAAGGUGAGUCGUUUGUUGAUUUUGGGAGGAGCCAGCGUGAACUACCGAACUGAGGUCUUAAACAAUGCUCCCAUCCUUUGUGUUCAGUCGCACCUUGGUCAUCAGGAAAUGGUAAAUCUACUGCUUGAAUUUGGAGCUGCAGUUGACCACGUAUCUGAAAGUGGUGUUACAGCCUUAUGCCAUGCUGCAGCCACAGGGCACCUGAAUAUUGUGACUCUUUUGUGCAAGAAAGGAGCUAAGGUUGAUUGCAUGGAUAAAAAUGGCCAGUGUGCAUUGGUUCAUGCUGCUUUAAGAGGUCAUCUUGAAGUUAUUGAAUAUUUACUCAAAGCAGAUUGGACAUCAAGCAUACAGCACCAGCAAUCUUUCAAAAAAAGUCAAGCUCUUCAGCAAGCCCUGAUUGCAGCUGCAAGCAUGGGACACAGUGAAGUUGUGAAGAAUCUUCAUGCUCUUGAUGGUGAACAUAGAAUAGACAUCAAUAGCUUUGAUACUCUUUGGGGUGAAACAGCUCUCACAGCAGCAGCAGGAAGGGGUAAAUUGGAAGUAUGUAAACUUCUUCUGCAACAAGGAGCUGUGGUAUCCCAUCCCAAUCGAAGGGGUAUUUCUCCAGUAUUUUGUGCAGCGAGGCAGGGCCACUGGCAGAUUGCUGACCUAUUGUUUCGGCAUGGUGCUGAUGUGAACGCAACAGAUAAGCAAGGUCGUACACCAGUUAUGGUGGCUUCCAGUGAAGGACAUGUGAACACUGUUGAAUUUCUACUUUCUAAAGGUGCUUCCAUAUCUUCAGUAGAUAAGGAGGGGUUAACUCCCUUGAGUUGGUCCUGCCUGAAGGGGCAAAAAUCUGUGGUUCAAACUUUGGUGGAGAGGGGUGCAUCUAUUGAUCACACAGAUAAGAAUGGUCGCACUCCUCUAGAUCUAGCAGCCUUUUAUGGAGAUUCUGACAUUGUUCAGUAUCUGGUGGAAAGAGGUGCCAUGAUUGAACACGUUGACCACAGUGGAAUGCGUCCAUUAGACAGAGCAAUUGGAUGCUGCAACACUUCAGUUGUAGUGAUGCUGCUUAGGAAAGGUGCAAAACUAGGUAAUGCAGCUUGGGCAAUGGCUACAUCCAAACCAGACAUUCUGAUAAUUUUAUUACAGAAACUAAUGGAAGAGGGAAACCUACUUUAUAAGAAAGGAAAGAUGAAGGAGGCAGCCCAGAGAUACCAGUAUGCUCUGAGGAAAUUUCCAAGAGAAGGAUUUGGAGAUGAAGUGAAAUCUUUCAGAGAUCUGAAGAUUUCCCUUUACUUAAACUUGUCAAGAUGUCGGAGGAAAACUAAUGACUUUGGAAUGGCUGAGGAAUUUGCUUCUAAAGCACUGGAAUUAAAGCCAAGAUCAUAUGAAGCUUAUUAUGCCAGAGGAAGAGCCAAAAGAAGCAGCAGACAAUUUGCUGGAGCUCUUGCAGAUCUACAGGAAGCUGCUAAACUUUGCCCUAACAACCGAGAAAUAAAGAGGCUUCUGGCACGGAUUGAAGAGGAAUAUAAACAGCUGCAGCGAGCACAACAACAAAAACAAUAUCAGCAACCACAGCAAAAUAAUGAAUCUGACAAUGAAGAAGAAUUGUUAGGCCAGCACCUUGAAAAUGUAUCAUUUGGUGUUGGACUUGACGACUCUGGCAUUGGAGCAUCUCAUGAUGUAAUGUCCACCUCAUUGAGGCCUCAGCAAUGUCCAAGCCCAUUUAAAAAGGGACUCCAAGAUGAUGUAGUUUCUCAGAAUAAAUUGACACACAAAUAUCUUCGAGAACCACUCACACAGCAAGGACUAGUCAUGCAACCUCCUAAACAAGCUCAAAUUGUGAAAACAAACCAACAUAUGAAUUUAUUACAAGCUGGGGGAAGAACUACAAGUUAUCAAUAUAGCAGCAAAACUCAAUUUUCUCCAAUUCCUUUGCCUGGCAACAGAAAUUUACAACUAGAGCCUGCAAUUAAUUGUGGAAAUCAUUCUGGAACUUGCGGAGAAAGACUGGCUUCUGCUAAGUCUGUGCAGCAGAAACAUGAUGAACACACAGCAACUGAGGUUUUUGUAAAUACAGGAAUACCAGCAGAACUGUUAAAUCCACAGUCCCAGCAAACCACAGAUUUACCAGAAAAUUUAGCUCAAGGAGUUAAAGAAUUGGAUACAAACCAACAAGGAUCUGUGACAGGUAUUUCUACACCAAUGCAUGAACCAGGCAUGAAGGUUUCUGGUUCAACCACCAGUAUAGUCUCAAAUAGUAGUGUUCCUGAUGGAGGGCAGAGUCCAGAUGCAGUGCCAAUAUCAGAUGCUGAUAUCAAAAACAGCUUGGAAUGCAAGAUGGAAAAAUCCAACCAAAUCUUGAGUGGGGCAGAUUAUAGACCAAGGACUACACCAUUUAUGGGAAUAAUAGAUAAAACAGUCAGAUCCCAGCAGCAACAGAUUCGUACCUGGCACGAUCAGUCAGCAGAUGGGUUAGUUGUAAACCCUACCUCAAUUACUGGUGGUCAAAAUAUUCACAAUGGAAUGCAUUCCAAGCCCUGUCAAACAACCAAGAAUGUUCAAGAAUCCAAUUCAUCCAUGACUACUGCACAUUCUUUUCAAGAGAGUAUUUCUAAACCACAGUCUAAUGUAGCUAGAGAUGUUCAUUCAAGUAAUAUUAAUUCUGUUAAGCCAAAGCGAUCUUUUAUAGAAUCUAAUGUGUAAAAGUACCCAUUGGACCAAUUAACACAAGUAGUAAUACAGUAUCUGAAAUAAUUGACUAGUGGAGUUUGCCGUCCCAAUACUGUACUUGUCAGUAUGAUGCUCAUCACCAAGAUUUGACAGAACAACAUUGCAUGUUGAUUAUAUAUGAAAUAAGGUUUAACCCAGCUGGCUGUUGCACUGAACAUUUUAAUAUGGCAUUUAACAAAUGAAUAACUGCACUUUAUGAAAGUACAAAUUAUAAAAUGCCUUAAAGUGCUUUUGCUGUAAUUUAAGUAUUUAUAUAGUAUGAGAUUAAUAUACAAUAUGCAUCAUCAGCAUUGUUAAUCAGUACAAAGGGAGUUAUCAUUAAAUUUGUAAUUUUUGUAAGAAAUUCAAUUUUGAACUAGAACAAAUCCUUCACUUGCAGGAAGAUUUAUGUAAGCCUAAAACAAUGAAGUACUCAUUUGUAAUCAGUUUCGCACUAAUCAAAUUAAAACAUUUUAAUCAAAUAUAGUCAGUGUAAAUUUUAAAUAUAAUGGUUUGUUAUCAAGUUAAGAACUAACUAUUUAUUUGAGUUUGCUUAAGUAUUUGUAAAAGCAGACAUUUUACUUACUUAUUUUUGCACAACUUGUGUAACUGUUUCAUUAAGACGUGCCUAAAUUUUCAUUGCUGCUGCUGCUUAACAGUGCUUAGAAGCAGCAGUUCUGAAUGUUGGUUAUGUUUGUAAUGACCUUCCAAUAUCAUUUAUAACUCUAUUGUAAAUAGAGCAAAAAAAAAUACAAUUCCAUGUAUUGUCUGGCUAGUUUCCAACUGAAAGCCCAGGUUAAAGUAUUGUUUUGCCUUUUUCCUGGAAUGCAUAUGGCACAUUAAUGCAAAAAAAAUAAAGUCAUAUUCUAAUAUUUUUGCGUCAUGAACUGAUUUUGGUGUACCUUUUGCUUCUACUAUAUUUAUAGGCACAGACGAGCCUCAAUGAUUUGAUCUAAGUGGCUGAAAUUAUUUUGGCUUGCAAGGCUAGGAUAGCAGGAAAUGGUUUGUCAAUUUGAGCUUAACUAGGUUGUGGCAGUUGUGUUCAAUGAU